GAACAUGAGUCCGCCCCGAAGCUGGAGGCUCCACCAGGGUCGGUAGGAACUGGGGAGGAGGGCGUAGGCUCACGGACUCACCCACCCCGGAGCGUUUGCUAGGACCUCUGGCCGGGAACACCGGCUCCGCUCUGUGGGGGGGACCGGAACCUUUGGGCGCGAGGCCGCGUUUCCGGCCGGGACGCUCAGGGAUGGACCCGAGUCCUCCCGGGAUAGACGCCGUCCUGCGGGGCCCGGUGCCGCCAUGAAGUUUCGUGCCAAGAUCGUGGACGCGGCCUGUCUGAAUCAUUUCACGCGAGUCAGUAACAUGAUAGCUAAGCUGGCCAAAACCUGCACCCUCCGCAUCAGCCCGGAGAAGCUGAACUUCAUCCUCUGCGACAGGCUGGUGGGCGGCGGGGUGAGCAUGUGGUGCGAGCUGGAGCAGGAGAACUUUUUCAGUGAGUUUCAAAUGGAGGGAGUCUCUGCGGAGAACAAUGCGAUUUAUUUAGAACUAACAUCAGAAAACUUAUCCCGAGCUUUGAAGACCGCUCAGAAUGCCAGAACCUUGAAAAUCAAGUUGACGAAUAAACACUUUCCCUGCCUCACGGUCUCUGUAGAGCUGCUGUCCAUGUCCACCAGUAGUCGCAUUGUGACACAUGAUAUCCCCUUGAAGGUUAUUCCUCGGAAACUGUGGAAGGACUUUCAGCAGCCCUCGGUCCCAGAUGCUGAUGUUAGUAUCUACUUACCAGUCCUGAAGACUCUGAAGAGCGUUGUGGAGAAAAUGAAGAAUAUCAGCAAUCACCUUGUUAUUGAAGCAAACCUAAAUGGAGAGCUGAACUUGAAAAUAGAAACUGAUUUAGUGUGUGUAACAACUCACUUUAAAGAUCUCGGAAAUCCUCCAUUAGCCUCUGAUGACGCCUCGAGGGACAGAGACCCAGCCGAGAUGGCCGAGGUGCACGUGGACAUCAGGAAGCUGCUGCAGUUCCUCGCCGGGCAGCAGACCUGGUGAGCAGCCGGAUGGUGCACCUGGAUCUGCUCCACGAAGACGUCUGCCUGCAGUACUUCAUCCCCGCGCUGUCCUAGCUGCGAGGCCCCCUCCGCCCCCUUCUUCCGUGCCAGACUGAAGUGACUGGACAGGACGGAUCGCUCGUUUCUGGGGUGUUUUUUCCUUUUGCUUUGUUUUUGGUUUUAAGAUAUUGAGAAGAAAGGCUAGAAUGUGUCCAGUUUCCUUUUUUCAUUGCGGGCAGAUGAAGCCCCGGGCCUCAGAGUGAAGCCCCGGGAAGUCGCACGCUGCUCCCGCCCGCCUCUGCCUGUCCCCAUCCUGGGCGCCCUCGGUCCCCUCUGCACAGCCUGGCUACUCAGAGGCCGUGAGGGUCGCAUCUGGACCUUGGGACAGGCCCAAGGCUGAGUGCCCCCCUCGGGCCCGCCACAGAGCCACUGGCUGGAAUUGCUAGUGUGCAGCUCCGCUUCCCUCCCCGGCGGGUUUGCGUGCGGAUCACGGUGCUGCUCAGCAGGGCUCAGGUGGGUCCCAGGCCGGUGAGAUCCCGGGGCUCCUUCCGCAGUUACCACACCCCAUGUUCCGGGAGGAGCACAUCUGUGUGUGGGGGAGCCACAGAUGAACCUGGCCUGUCCCGGGCUGCAUCCUGGGUCCCACACUGCAUAAGAGCCCCUGCUUAGGGCCAGAAGAGGCCUCAGUGUUGGUCCUGAGGCAGGAACUGUGGCUGUGUUCUGCCGCCACUGCCACCAGCUGGAGAGCAUUUUCCCUGUGGGUAAAGAGGACCGAGGACCCCCGACCGUCAGCCGGCCCAGCCCUGCCGGUUGCCUGCUUCCUCGGAGUCUUUGUGUGGUUGUCUCCUCUGUCCUGGACUGAGCUCCUCCCAUGUCGCUGAAAUUGCCCUGCAGUAGCGAGGAGCCCAGCCUCCGGAACUACCAUCUGGUUCUCAGUUUCACACAAGAAGUAGCGUGUUUAUCGUCUGUGCCUGGGUUAUUGUAUGUAAGUCUCCCUAGCUUCAUGCCUUCAUGUUUGCGACCAUUUCACAGGUUACUUUAAACAGGUAACAGUGCAGGGUUAUACUAAGAGUGCCUGAUGCUGUUACACGGAAGAAACAAAGUAUCCUAAACGUGGUGAGUGGGGAGUUCUUGGAUGACCUAUGGCUCAAUACAGUGUUUCAUUCUCUUACCUACCUACAGGAAAAGAGCGUGGCUAGGAGGAAGUGUUUAAGGCUGUAGUCAGUUGUUCACAGUAGUCUGGAUGCCGGUUUGUCCACUGUGAUGGAAACACCCUGAUUCACACCAGCGUCUCAGCCUCACGAUUGCUGGGUGGAUCCUAUUUCAUCUUUGUACACUGACAUAUUUUCUAACAAUUUUGUAACCAACUUUGUAACAAGCAUAUUUUUACAGGACUAAAUAAAUAUUUAUUGAGUA